AUGGGGAACGAAUCGCUGAAUAUCUCCGAUCGACCCGAAGAUCACAUUUUCUGCAAAAACUCUGAUUGCAUCAAAAAGCUCAAGGAGGGCCUUGCCAUGUUGACGCCGGAGGACUCAAACGGAGGCGACUUCGACUUGAGCCUCAGUCCGAGUUCUUCACUUUACAACACGGCUCUCGAAGAGCUAAAUUUCACCGAGAUCCAGGAGACUCCAAAUCUAUGCGACUCUGUUCAUGUCGGAGAGAACGCAGAGUUGUUGGGACUCCCCUAUCAGCUCGGAGUGGUUGUCCCCGGGGUCACCUCGACUUUCUAUCUUCCCGUGCAUCCACGAAUCAGAAUGCUCGACGUGCAAUGCUCUCUCAACGAUCGUCCGACGAAAUGCUUCUGCGAAGUGGCGUCUCUUUCGGACCGCAUGUCGGUGACGUUGACUCCGCCGUCUGGAGCGAGGGGCGACCUUCUGAUAACGAUCGAUACGGAAUCGGGAACGCAGAUCAAACUCGCGGCUCACUGUUUCCCGCCGUCUUUCGCUCUGCCUCUCAUUUUGGUGGUGCCGCCAAACCAGAGCGCGCGAGUUCCCCUGCACGGAACGUUCCCUAAAUCCAUAUGGCUGACGGUUCAGUCGAAUCUGUCAGCUACUAAACUUCUAAACUUUGCACCAGAGAUGAAGAGUAUUCCGCUUGAGAUAAAAGCGACGCCUGAAGACAAAUAUCUAAAUGUGGAUGUGAUACAUGAGGGGGUCUUGAUGAGCUCAUGCCGGGCGAAAAUUGACGUGCGAUGCCUCGAAGUCGAGAUGCACCCCCAGAAGGACGGCGAAACGAUCAUGAUCGUCAACAACGAACCCUUCACCGUACUGCUCGAGCUCGAAGCCGAAACAGAAGCGCCAUUGCAGAGAUUGGUUCUGAGAUUGAAGCCGGGCGAAUGUCAUUGUGUGAAGAGGAAUUAUUUCAAGAGGGGGUCGAAACCGAAACAGCGAGAGAUGAAAGUUUGGUUGAAGCUGAAAGAGCCAUUGGAGGUGCUGAUAGCCUCUAGUGGCUUCUCGGAAGGCCGAGCUGACCUCUUACGACCGAAAGUACCCCGUUUUCUAUUUCUGACCAGCGGAACAACGAGAUUUACUAUGAUCGAGAAACUUUCCGGGGAGCCAAAGCCCUGGGCCCACAUGGUCUCGAUAGAGCCGUGUCUUGUUCUCCGGGAACAUGUCAAGGUCGAAGAAGAUCCGGAGGACCCGACGAAAUUCGUUCUUCAAGUCAAAAAGCCGCAGCGGCUGCUAUUCGGACGAAUCGGUUUUUUCCAUCGUAGCUCGAGCUGUGGGGGGACAGUGAUGCCCUAUGGCUGCAGAUACGUUUUCCUCUCACCUGAAAUGCCGCAAGUCAUUGUGUUCACUAACGACCCGAGCAGUCCCAGCUCGACAUCGGAGAGAAAGGUUGGAAAUCGGCACCUAUAUCAUAUCCAUAAAUUCGAUCCGACCGCGAACCAUUGCAAUCUGCCAAGAUUCAACCAAUACCGAUUCUGUGUUUCCCCCAGCUGUGUAUAG